CCCAGGAUAAUACCCAUAUUAGAUUUGGUUGUUUUUUUUCUUUUAUGCAUCAUCAUGCAUCAUGCAUCAUAUCAUCCACAAGAUUUUAUUAAAUAAAAACUAUUUGUGUUUUCCCCCUCGCAAGGUUCUUUAUAUAAACCCUUCUCUGUAUACCUUAUUUUCAAUAAUAAUGAAACCAAAAUAUUAUUAUUUUGGAUAUCUUUAAAAUAUAAUUUCAAAUCUUGUUCAAAACUUUAUAAGUUUCAAAGUUCUUUUAAUCCUGCUUAAAAUUGUUUUCCAAACCACUUUCUCUAUUUCUCUCCUUAAUUCAAAGAAAAUGUUUUGGAGAACGUGAGAGAGAAGCUGCAGCCAUCCCGUUCUAGCCCAUCCCUUUUCCCUGAACCAUGUGGCCUUGGCCUUUUUUCUACGUGUAUUCCAAUCUGAAGCCCGCAGCCCAUCUCCUCCAAUGCGAUUUCCUCCUGUACUUCUUCCUCCUGUACGGCAGUACAUCGGCAUUAGCCACGUAACCAUGCAGCUCGAUGGGACGGCGAUCCCUUGUCGCUCCCCUCUCUAUAAAAAGAGCUACCCUGCAUCCCUACCAAACCCUAUCCCUCUAGCUGCCUCCCUCCGCCGCCACUCUCUUCUCCCUCCUUUACUCUUCCUCUCGGUCUCCACUCGAUGGCCUCCGUCACCCCGCGUGAGCUCCGCCUUCCUGCAGCGCGUCCGCGCGUCUCCAAGCUCUACGGCCACCGGCGCCGCUCGACCAGGAUCCUCCCGACGUCCUCAACUACGGGCGCGGCGAGCUCGAGCGUCUUGCACGUCGUCCCGGUCUCGGCACCUCGCUGAGGUCUCCAUCCUCAUUCCGUACGUGUACCUCCGGCGGCAGCGCUGCGUGUCCGUCAUCGCUCCAUCACGGACGUCUACGACCCCGACCGCCUCCACCAGCCCGAGCGCUGGCUACCGUCGCCAAGAUCGUCCCGCCUCCGACGAUGCUGCUCGCCGGCGAGCGCAGCGCCGUGUCCCUUGUUCGUCCUGCAAGCACACUCGCGUGCUCCUUCCGUUCGUGGACCGCCGUCGCACUCCGGUGUUGUUCUGGCCACAAGCUCGGCCUUCCGUGUUUCUGCCUUCCUCGCCACAGGGCCACGCUGCAACCGUCGACGUCCUUGUCGUCUCAUCAACGCUUCUCCUUCACGCAGGCCAGCGACGGCCGCCAGCAUCCAUGCCACGCCACGGCAUGGCCAAGCGCAGACCGCCGUCGACGCCUCCGGCCGGCUGGCUCCGUCUGCUCCCGUCGCUCCUCCAUCCGUGGGUAUCGCGUGCAGCAGGAGGCAAAGAGCUGCUUUGUUGGUUCCAUUUGAUGCAGUACUCCACGUCAACUUGAUCUGAAGCUAUUCCAGCUUGAUAACUCUUUUGGAGAUGGUACAAAAGAGGCCAGCACUCCAUCAUGUACACAAGAUCAACGAAGUAGCCAUCUGGCCGUAGUCAUCUCAGCAUCUGUUGCCUGUUCAUCGUCCAGUCCCCCUGGCAGCCCACCGUCAGUCAUUCCUCUGGCAUUUGCUUCUUCCCGGAUAGGAUCACGAAGUGGUGUGGUGAGAUACGACAAGUUCUCC